GUGUGUUUUGUGGCCGGCAAUUACUGUAUUUCGUAUUCAGGUUCCCGUGCUCUCUACAGUAUUUCGGCUCUGUGAGUAUUUUUUAAAAUCAGAAGUCGGAUUCCUGGAGCAGGGCAGAAAGAAUCGCAAUAACAUCAGUAAAGAGAAACAAAACAGUAAGAUCGCACGAAAGACAAAAGCCAUCGAAGGGAUCCGUCGGGGGGGAAACAUGCACAUUUUUAAAGUGGUUUGAUGUGAGGCACAAAACAGCUCCUUCCUGACCGUCCCGGCCUUGGGCUGGAAGCGGCCUAGGUCCGCGGAUUGGGGGCUGUCAGGGCCUGCGUUCUGCCCUCUGCGAGAAAAAAAAUACUCAGAUUUUUUUAAAUAAGGAAAACCACGCUAUACCGACCCUGGACGUCUGUUGAGCAGAAGCUGUACACGUGAGCAUCAAGGGAAGAGGGUGAGAUGGAUGGACAUGAGCAGCAAAUGCAGAACUUUUCUUCUCACAGUUUCUGACUUAAGUUUUGGUGAACUCUAAGAACCCACUUGGUACCGUGGCAACAGACCCAAAGUGCAAAUCCGCUUGUCAGGUCAUUUGCUUUUGACUCGCAUUCUCCAAUAGUUGGAGUGAGAGGCUCAGCAGUGUGUCCCUGUCAUUCACCGGCUGCCACGCCCCUCUGCCUGAAUCCCCCUUUGCCUCCCGUCCACCGAUGAUCCAAGGCUGCCCAUAGAAUUCCUGAAACCUGAAUCCCUACUCAGCAGUCAAGAUGACGGAGGCGUGGCAGCAGCACGCUGUGGCCCCCCCCGUGGUGCACACUAUCCCACCGGGGGCAGAAAACGCACUGGGUUGUGCCGUGUAUGGCAUCGUUCUGCAGCCGGACCCCAGCCUCCAGCAGCAGCACCAGCAGCCCCAGCAGCACCAGCAGCAACAGGCACCGCCCCAGCAGCAGCAUGCUGUCCAAGCACAGCAGCCCUCCCUGCAGGUGGGGGGCGAUGGUGGGCACAAGUGCGGGGCCUGCGGCCACGACAUCUCGCACCUGGCCAAUCCGCAUGAGCACCAGUGCAUGGUGAGUCAGGACCGCUCCUUUCAGUGCACCCAGUGCCUUAAGAUCUUCCACCAGGCCACCGACUUGCUGGAGCACCAGUGCGUGCAGGUGGAGCAGAAGCCUUUUGUGUGUGGGGUCUGUAAGAUGGGUUUCUCCCUGCUCACCUCUCUGGCUGAGCACCACACGGCCCACAGCAGCGGCAACCCCAUGAAGUGCUCCAUCUGCGAGAAGACCUAUCGGCCCGGCUCCUCUGGCAAUGCCACGCCCACACCGUCCGCCACCAACCCCCAGCAGCCGGCAGCAGAGGGCACCGCCUCUGGGGGCGGGGCUGCUGUGGGAGCCUCUGCGCCCACCGCCUUUGAGGCCUCGUCUCCUGACCGGCCGUACAAGUGCUCCGUGUGCCAGAAGGGCUUCCGGCACUUGUCGGAGCUGUCGCGGCACGAGCGCGUGCACACGGGUGAGAAGCCGUACAAAUGCGACGCCUGCGACAAGAGCUUCAGCCAGUCGUCGCACCUGGCGCACCACCAACGCACGCACAGUUCCGAGCGGCCUUACAAGUGCGCCGCUUGCGAGAAGAGCUUCAAGCACCGCUCGCACCUCGUGCGGCACAUGUACGCUCACUCGGGGGAGCACCUCUUCAAGUGCAACCUGUGCGAAAUGCACUUCAAGGAGUCCUCGGAGCUGCUGCACCACCAGUGCCAGCCGGCCGGUGAGCGGCCUUUCCGCUGCGCCGCCUGCGGCAAGGGUUUCAAGCGGCCGUCGGACCUGCGGCAACACGAGCGCACGCACUCGGAGGAGCGCCCCUUCCAGUGCGAUGAGUGCCAGAUGAGCUUCAAGCAGCAGUAUGCGCUGGUGCGCCACCGCCGCACGCACAAAGGUGCCGCGGACCGCCCCUUUAAGUGCAACCUCUGCGACAAGGGAUUCUUGCAGCCGUCUCAUCUACUAUACCACCAGCACGUGCAUGGCAUGGACAGCCUGUUCAAGUGUGCCUCCUGCCAGAAGGGCUUCAGCCAGUCAGGAGAGCUCCUGCGCCACAAGUGUGGGGGGGCAGCCGCUGCUGCAGCCGCCGACCGGCCGUACAAAUGCGACGUGUGCGGCAAAGGCUACAAGAAGUCGUCGACGCUGCAGCGGCACCAGAACUCGCACUGCUCCGAGAAGCCGCUCAAGUGCUCGCUGUGCGACCGCCGCUUCCUCUCCUCAUCUGAGUUUGUGCAGCACCGCUGCGACCCGGCCCGCGAGAAGCCACUGAAGUGCCCCGACUGCGAGAAACGCUUCAAGUACUCGUCGGACCUGCAGCGGCACCGGCGCGUGCACACGGGUGAGAAGCCUUUCAAGUGCCCCAGCUGUGACAAGGGUUUCAAGCAGCGAGAACACCUGGCCAAGCACCAGAGUGUACACGCCCGCGAGGCGCAGUUCAAGUGCGUGUGGUGCGGGGAGCGCUUUGGCGACCUGGGCGCCCUGCAGGAGCACACCGUGCAGCACACAGCCGAGGGCGGGGGCUACACCGUGCCCCCUUGCAUAUAGUGGCACCAGCUCUGCCCCCCUCGGCCCACACCUCCAUCCGCAUAAACUGCUCCACAUGCCCUCUCCUCAGCCUCGUGCGAAGGUGCCAGGGAUCAGCAACCAGUGUACGGCGCCCACUUUCCCCCCACCCCACCCCCACGCCUCUGAAAUUAGCCACGGAUUUUCUCCAGGUGACGUGCGGCUGCGUGCCUGCUGGGGUGCAUGAGGUCGCCCUCACAAUUCAAAGGAAGAGUGCCCCCCCCUUUAUCUUCCCAAUUUUUAAACGUGUCAGUUGCUUUGUCGGCUGGCUGGAGUGACCACACAGCCUCCUCACCCAUCUGGCCCAUGACUGCUCCAGACUGGCAUUCGGGUCCAGAACCGGAACUCGGGAUCCCCUCCCUCAACCCUGUGCCCCCUAGGCCAGAAUGCCCGUGCAGUCACUCCCCCAUCAGUGGGCCCCCUCUGGAGCUCUCUCCUGUACUCCUGCACCGUUCUGACACCUGAGGACUGGGACCCAUGAUUUUUUGAUUGGUAAAGUGACUAAGCUCUGACAUUCAGAUAAAAUUUGUUUUAACGUAUGAAAGAUGCAAGGGGAGGGAAAAGAAGCUAAAAACAGGCAUUAGACGUGACUUUUUACAGGGGACCUUCUGCCUCGGGCCUUCACCUAGCCAAUCAUGAAGCUGGACCUGGACUCCUUACCGGGACACCAGGACCGGGGUGCAGGGCAGGAUCAGUAAAGCCCACCCCUUCCAUUUCUGCUCCCCCACACACACACGACUGACUGCAGCUGCCUUGGCCACCCCACGUCUCAGGGGAAGGCGAGGGCAUCAGGGCGGGGCUGUCUGCAGACACCUUUAAGCGCCAGUCAGUGCGCCUCUGUCGCCCCGGAGUCACGGCUGUGGUCCUGGAACAACAUUUGAAAGUGUCAUAAAUAGUUGUGAAAUAUUACCGUCAUGUGCGUACACCACCCCCCCCACCCCCCCGCAAUCCAAUGAUCAGCAUCGUGUACCAAACCCGCCCGCCACCCCCCUCCAAAAAAAAAAAAAAGGGGAUCAUUGACCAGCUGGAGAGUCAAGGCCUUUGAUGAAUUCUCCACCAUUUGCUAUAUAAGUAAAUAAAUAAAUUUAAAUAUAUAUAUAUAAAUACAUAUAUAUAUAUAUUACUUCUAAUUUCUAUCCAUAUAUACAGUUGAUACACUUAUAGAGAACAGUCUAUCUUUCCUGCCAUGCCUGAACCUGUCCAAGGUCCCCGUGUUACUGUAUGUACAUAAAAUAAUGUAUGCUAAUAUGUUUACAAGUCAUGUAGUAGGACCUGCCUUGUGUGUGUUUAUAAAAUGCAUCUGCUGUUGUGUCUGUAGCUACUUUUUCUUCUGUGUACUUACAGUUAUUGUAGUGUUUUAAGGUUGCCACCCCUCCUCCAGCUGCUAAAUCGCCCCUUCAUUUCAGUUGAUGCCAUUAUAUUCAGUGGAGUUGUCCUGCUGUUCUAAACCCCAAUAGAUAAACACUUUGUUUCACUGGAGGGGACUCUGGAGGGUUGAUGCCCAGGGAUUUAGAUGAAGCCUUGCAGACUCUGGGAACCAGUCUAUCAUUCCCCACGUCCCCCCCAACCCCCCUAAAUGGGGCCCCUCUGGUCAUCUUUAGUGGGGCCCAGGUGGAGUAGGUGACCUUUGCGAGCCUCAGCUGAACGACACCGUGGCAGUGCGACACAGAGAGCAGCAGGUGGCGUAAUGGUUAAAGAGCUGGACUUGAGAAGUUGCAGGGGAGGCUCUGAUGUACCACUGAGCAAGGGCUUAACAUGAAAUGCUUUGCUGAGACGAGCCGCUCUGUACACAGGCACAAGUGUGACACAGGGCUGCGUUUAAUUCACUUGUCUCGAGAGACUGGUGAGGAUGGGUGGUGAAGAGCCGUAGGGCCCCCCGACACAGCCUGCCCCGCCCUUCUCCCUCGGUCCGUGGCUGAGGGCAUCGCCAUUUUCCCGCCAUGUGAAGAGAAGGAUAAAGGAGAUCACGCCAGCCAAGAUCUCAGCAGGUCAUGUGACCAAGGUCUGCCUUGCUGUGCGGCGCACUGAAGCUGGGGGGGGGUCACGUGACCUGGGCCUACCUGGUUGUGCAGCACUCUAGCUGGUGGGUCCCUCUCUCACAGCCAGUCUGACUCGGACAAGAAGGGAAAUUGAAUUAAAGUGGUACUGCAGCAGGAAAGAGAAGAAGAAAAAAAGCGGGCAGGGUCAGCCAGUGAUGUUGGUUUACCUUCAUUUUGUUUAGUUUUUCCACCUAAUGUAUGAUGGGGAAAAGCCAGGGCUUGUACUGUACUGAAAUGGUGCUGGAUCUUUCGGUUUAUAUUUAAUGACGUUUAGCGAUCACGUUCAGACCUGUCCCAGCCGCCUCUGGGACAUGCAGAGGCUCGAGCCGAGACGGGUUUGGUGGUGAAGCCCUCUCCCCGCUGCGACAGACGUUCUCGGGAGGAUCAGUCGCCCCGCCAAGUCCCUCACCCCAAAAGGGGGGUCAUGAAUCCCGUCGGCUCUGGGCCUGACGAGAGGCCAUUUAGUUUCUUGUUCACUGUGCAGUCUGUCCUGUUGUUGUUGUUGUUGAGAUUUCUAUUAAAAAUAUGGGUAUUAUUUUGUUUUUUUAAACUCCAAGCAUUGCAGAUACACUACAGGUCAAAAGGUAAUUAGGUUAAAGGAAGUGUUUUUGUAUUUUGCCAGUUUGUGUUGUAUAAUUUCUCUUUUUAAAAUUAUUGUUUAAGAACUUUAUAUCUAUAUUAUGAUUAGGAGUUUUAAGGGCUUUAGAUAGUUGAUAUUGGAUAUGGUUGAUUGACAGGUUGUAUGGCGUAAGCAACAUGACCUUUGACCUUUGACCUGGGCAGUGUGAAGGCCCUGUGCAUGCACACAGUGUUAGCUUCUGUAACCUGCUGUUCCUUGUAUAUGUGCUUAGGAACACUCCCCCGUCCCCCAUUUAGCUUUUUUUUUUAAUUUGUAGUUUGUGGAAAACAUGGCAAAACCCUUGUGUGGCAAUUAAUAUGUACAUUCAAGCUAAAAAAAAUAAUCUGUAUGUAGCAUUUAAUACACACAGCACUAACAAAUAAAAUUUUUUUCAUUAA